CACGCUCUCUGAUACGGAUGUUGCAGCUCAUAAAUUGAAUUUCCAGUGAAAGCGGCUGUUUCCGAAAAGUUUGACCUGAGCUUUGAAGAUGACGGGCGCUGUGAAGCACAGACAAGACAAUGCAGCGUCGUUAGUACUCGCUGCAAUUGGCUUGGCACUCGUAACCAUUCUCAGUGUGUGGAGAUUAAAACAGUUUAAAUAUAAACUUGUACAUGAAACUGGAGGUGCAAUGUUUUAUGGUGUGCUUGUGGGGUUGGCUGUGAGAUUCUUGUCUUUUGACUGGGGACAACGUGUGGACAAUGUGGAGACUGUGUGCAGCUGUGGUGGUCUUAACAGCACUCCUCACACCUUGACGGUCAACAUCACAUCGCACGUUCACUGUUUUAGACAUGUUGGGAAAGUCAACCAAAGAUGCUCACCAGUAUCACCCCUCCAUAUGUCACCAACACGACAGCUCUGUCUUUUACAGGAGACCUUUGAUCCCGAGGUCCUUUUCAAUCUGUUCCUGCCACCCAUCAUCUUCUAUGGAGCUUACACCCUUAAUCAGAGACGAUUCAUUGAGAAUCUGGGGUCUGUUCUGACGUUUGCUUUUUUGGGUACCAUAAUCAGCUGCAUGACCAUAGGGGCCUGCGUCUAUGGUUUCACCAGACUGAUGGUGCUGUUGGGCGAGGCGGCAGAUGGAGACUUCUUCCUCACUGAUUGCCUUCUGUUUGGUGCCAUUAUAUCAGCCACAGACCCAGUUUCAAUACUUGGCCUGUUGUCAGAGCUGCAAGUAGACCUGAAUCUACACACCCUGCUGUUUGGCGAGAGUGUCCUGAAUGAUGCCGUGGCCAUCGUCCUGACGCAUUCCAUCACCACCUACAGCCAGAUGGGUGCAGGACACAGCUUCAGCCCCCAAGCCUUCCUCCUCUCCGUUGGUUAUUUUCUUGGAGUGCUCGCCGGCUCCUUCCUCCUGGGUUUCAUAUUCACAGUCAUAACAGCCCUCCUCACCAAAUUUACUCGACUGUAUGAGAAUCCACUGCUGGAAACAUCAGUCUUCUUCCUGCUGUCCUGGAGCAGCUUCCUCUCAGCUGAAGCCAGUGGACUUUCAGGUAUUGUGGCGGUAAUGUUUUGCGGCUUGAGCCAGGCAAGGUACACAUCUCACAAUUUAUCCUCUGAGGGCAGGACCAGGACAAAGCAGCUCUUUGAAGUCCUCAACUUCCUGGGGGAGAUUUUCAUCUUCAGUAACAUGGGAUACGUAUUGUUGAUGUUUCCUCACCAUGUCUUCAAAGCCCUCUUCAUUUCUGGAGCAUUUCUCUCCAUCUUUCUAUCAAGGGCCUGCAACAUCUACCCUUUGUCAUUGCUCCUAAACCUGGGACGCACAACAAAGAUCCCCUGCGCCUUCCAGCACUUCAUGAUGUUUUCAGGCUUGAGGGGAGCUGUGGCGUUUAGCCUGGCUGCAAGAGACACAUCCACAGAAGUGAGGCGCACCAUCCUCAGCACCACGCUGCUGCUGGUCGGCUUCACCGUCUGGGUGCUGGGUACGGUCGCCGAUCCCAUGCUGCGCUAUCUGGACGUCAGAGCUGGAGUGGAUGCAGAUGAAAAUCCAGAGGACCUUUCUUCCGAGGUGGCUACAGGGAGGCCAGACACAACACGAGGCCUGUGGCACCAUCUGGACUACAAUUACAGGACUUGAAAGCAACUGAAGACUACUGUUUCCAGAAUAACGGCUAGCUUGGCUGUGUCCUCGGGGAAAGGUUCACUCAUUAACAGGUUUGUUGUUUUCUUUGUUUUUUUUUUUUUUAUUUUUAUCCUUAACAAAUCAAAGUGCACAAAGAGGAAGUUGUGGUUUGAUAGGGGGUCAGACCAUGUCAAUUAUUUAUUCCACGUUGAGCUAAAAAGUAGCUAGCCACAGCCUCUAUCUUUACCCUAAAAAACAAAAUAAAACAUUAAAGUAGUAUUGAUCUUUUCAUCUAAGUCUCAGGAAGAAGGUGAAUACGUGUGUUUUAUAAAAUGUCAAACUGUCGCUUUAGUGUGUUUGCUGUUGACUGUGGGGUGAACUGGAUUCCUGUGAGCAGAGAAUAUCGUUAAAUCAUUUGGCAGUGAGAAAACAGUCCCAUCCUGUGCAGUGGAAUUUCAUGAGGACUGCAUUAAGUUUAAGCUAAUCUAAUUUUACAGCUUAAUGGCCCCAUGACCUGGUCCUGCACAUCAUUUUACUUUAUGAGUCCAUCUCCACUGCAAAACAAUCAGAUGCAGGUCUGCGAGUGCAUUUAUCUGGAGUGUCUGGUUAAUGCAUGUGUGUGUGUUAAUGUUAAUAUUAGACUUUUUUAAGAUGAAUGUAUUUAGAAUGAAUGACUGUUAUGGUAGAAACAAGCCAAAGGACCAAGUUAUGCAUUGUAGAUUAGAAAAAAAAAAAUAAGCUCUGUUUACAAAGAACGGGACAAGUUCAGCACUCAGCCAGUUUCUUGAACUGUCAAUAGUAUGAAAAACAUGUAUCACAUCGUGGCUUGUUCAAACAUGUUAUGGCUGACGGACUAUUAAAAAAAGCAGAGUUUAUGAGGUAAACGGCGUCUGUGUUUAUGGCGUCUUUAGUGUUGCUAGAUGAACAUAAUGUACACAAAUGACAAUAAAAGACCCUCAAAAAAAUAAUCAAGCUUUGACCGAAUUAAUGAGAGACAACUUUGGCAACAAUUAGAGUUUUUCUGGUUAUGUCUGCAUGUCCCCAGUAGACUCUGAGUGUUUUCACAUUGUUCCUUGUCAUCUCAAACUUCAUCAAGCCGAAAGGGGAGCAUCUGUGAACGGCCACCUUCAAGGAGUCAGUAGUCAGGAUAUUUUCAUGCAUAGUUGUUUUGCUCUAAUGAAAUAUUCCUUGAGAAGCGCCUCCUCGUUGUUCCUCGGUGUCCUCACAAGUCUCCACGUCCCUGCUGCUGAAGCCACAGCAUGAUACUGACGCCAGUUUUCACAGAAUGGUGUUAAACUCACCAAUCGUUUCCACCAAGCUCAGCUUAGUAAAUCAUUACAAAGAAGUGAUAUUUUUUGCUUUACAUUUGAUUUAUUUCCAACAAAAAUGGAUUACAUUAUGUUAAGUUGUGUAAGGAUUACUGACAAAGUUUCUAAUAAAACCCACUGUCACUUGAGACUGAAAUUACAAAAUGGUGAAAAGGAGAAUGUGGUUGAAUGCCUUACAAAAUCCUUGGAGGUGAUUUAAUGUCGUUCCUGAUGCCUUUAUUUUACAUUACAUGGUUUGUUGCCAGCCUCCCAACAGCUUCUGGGAACAUUGAUUCAAACACAAUUUUUCUCAGAACUGGCUCCGAGUUGUCACAAAACUACCUAAAUGGAAUAAAGAAACUCUUUAGAAAUAUACUCUUAAUUAAACCUUCAAUGCGGUUUGGAACUGGUGAAGAUAAUUUUGGAAUUCCAAAAACCAGAAUCCAGUAAGCAGCAGAAAGUGGCGUGAUGAUGAAUUUUAUCCACUUUCUGACAAUAUACACUAAGUAGUUUAAAAACAGUUCAAUAAAAAUGCUUUGUCAGACAAUAUAUGUGUAAGUAGUCAAAUGUGAACCAGAUUCCUCUUGACCUUUGGAAAAUAUGCUUAUUUGCUUUGUUCUUAUUUAGAUGAGAAUAUUGACACUGCUCUUACAUCUGUAAUAUAAAUCUAAGGCUACAGCUACAGCAGUUAGUUGCCUUAGAUUAGUAUAAAUGCUGGAAAUGGUGCCAACAGACAGCCUGAAUCUGCAUUAAGGUCACAAAAUCCACCCAUCAGCACUUCUAAAGUCCGCUAAUCAAUACGUUACAUAAACACGUGUGGUAAUGCAGCUGCACAGGGCGUCAUGGUGAAUGCCAGUGCCUCUCAGUUUGUGAUAAGCUAUCCCUCAAACUAUUGCACUGUUGUCAUUCCACUUCUCUAUUUACACCUCAGACUAUGAUUUAACCAAGGUCCCUGCAACCUUCAAACGUGUUCUUACACCUCCUCCAUUUUGUGAUAUCAACAAGGACAAUGAGGGAGAGGAGUACAGGGGACUAACAGAGAUAUGGAUGCCCUCUUCCUGAGGAGGACUUUCAGCGUGUGCUAAAGGAUCUUCUAAAGAUCUUCUAUCAGUCUGUAGUAGCCCUGUACUUUGCUGUGGUGUGUUGCGGUGGCAGGAUUUAUAUCAUUUUUUACUUUUUUAUAGCGCUUGUUAUUCAUUUUUGUUUACUUUUCCAGUUUAUCUGUACUUGUUUCUGUCCUUGUUCUGUGGAAACAACUGAAUUUCUCCUCUGGGGAGCUGUAAAGGCUUAUCUUAUGUUUAUUUCAUCCUUACAAAAAUCUAAGUGUAUAAAUAACAAGGCAGAUGGUUUACCUUUGGACAGAGCCAGGCCAGCUUUCUAUAGUGUCUGCCAAGAUGGCCAGAGGCGGCCACACUCACAUAUGACACACAGCAAACAUUUGAUUUAUGACGCUUGCUUUUAUUGCUCGCAACACGGCAUUGCAAGCUGUGUAACCAUGGUAACUAGAGUGUUCCCAAACCUUUUGGCUAUAUGGUUAAAAGUCUACAUAGUGGGUUAAUUUGCACAUUUGACAGAAUAAGUGUAUGCAUGUAAAUGUGAGAGAGUGAGAUGAGUGGCAGGGUUGAGAGGAGCCACAGGCAGGAUGAAAGGCGCUGUCCUGGCCAAUGUUUCCCAUUGCUAUUAUGGAGAUGCUUUGAUGUGGACCAGGUGAGAGGAGCCUCAGCGUGGAUCCUGCUGCCUGGUAAUUGAGCCUGAACUUGGCUCGCUGGUGUCUCAUCCUGCAGGAAUAGUGUACUGCUGCUCCCUUAACCGUUUCCCUGUCAGCCUGGCUUGAAGGCUCAUUAGGACAAACGUUUUACUCCAAAGCACAGAUUCUGACGGACAUCAAAGCCUGUUUGAUCUUUCCUGCUGAAGUGGUUUGUGGACUGUGGUUGCAGGGAUGGAAACUGAUGUUUUUUUGUUUUGGCUCUGGUAUCGCAGAGGCCACCCGUGUUUAGGAGACAUGCUGUGACUGCGUUAUAUGGCUGACUUGGUCUUUGGAUGAGUCAGUGUAAAUCUCUUUGUGUUUCCUAUGGCAUUAUAUAAUGUACUACUAUAGCAAGGCAUAAACAAUGCCAGACUAAAAGACAGAGGGACGCUCCAUCAACUCUAAUUAUGUGCUGCUGACGUUUUGUACUGUGUCUGGGACCUGUGGAAAUAUUCAUUAUAGUAUGGUUUCAAAAUGUUGAAUAUGCAUUAUAUUGUUCUUCUUUAUAACUAAUGCAUUACAAGCAGUUGCCAUUGAUGCUCAGAGUAACGCUCAUAUUACUAUAUUUACUUAACAUACUGUGGUGUAGUUUAUUAGCUAAGUAUAAAGUAAUCAAGGAGUUUUUAUGUAUACGAAAACUGACAGCCAGAUGAGAAGAUUGACACCACUCGUACGACUGUUGCUUCAGUAUGAAGCAACUAAUUUUGACCCAAGCUGUUUUUAUCCCUGCUCAGGCCAUUUGUUUUGUAACUGAUUUCAUUACUUCACCUUGUAUCCAUUUGCUUUUCUCUUUUCUCAGGCUUCAAGUAUGUUUUUUGUUCCCAUUUCACACCUUCCUGUGCACUUUGUUAAGCUUCAGAACAUUGCGGAACUGAGCUCUGCUUUGUGUGACUUUGUUCUCCAAAGCCCUCGCUGCUUCUGGAAACCUCAAUGCAAACUCCAAUAACUGAAUGCAGUAAUCAGUCACAGCGGUAACAAAAAUAAUCAACAGGAGCAAAUCUUUGGACAGAGCCAGGCCAGCUGCUUGCUCCAACUUCAUGUUUCAUAGACAGAUAAAAGAGUAGCACCAAUCCUCCCCUCUAAUUCUCUAUAAGAGGGGGAAUGAACAUGUCUCCUAAAAUUGUUUGUUUGAGAAGGAGAUAAGGUCACAGCCAAAAAAAUCAAAUUCUCUAUGUGGUUUAACGAGAUGCUUUUUAGCAUUCAAAUGAAACACACGUUCAUUUAACUGUGAAGCACAGACAGCUGUUUUGGAUCUUUGGGGGGGUAUUCCACUGUCUGAUUAAAAUUAGAACCUGUUUUGAAUCACUUGAAUCAAUGUAUUGUCUUUCAUCCGUUCAAAUUAAUUCUUUUUUCAGCAGGGACAAUCCCUCUUAAUUCUGUUCAUAUAUUAAGUUUGUAUGUGUUCUUAGUUUCUGACUUGUGCUUAUGUCUCUCCCCUCUAUAGCAACAGAAAAUGGACGUGCUCAAGUAAAGAAGAAAUGCCUCAGAACUGUACAGUAGUUUCAUGAAUAUUCUUCUACUGAUUAGAGGUCAGGAAAUAGUAGGUGUAGGAAGGAAAUGAGGUUGCUGCGAUGACAGCUGAAGCAGCAGUCUGGCUUCUACCUCCACACAGCCUCUCAGCUCCUUUAAAACACACACACACACACACCCAACCUGACACCAUUGCAGAGAGCAAUUCCAGCAGUUAUAAUUACCAUUGCUGUCUAGUAUUAUGCCAGCAUGGAACAGGAGGACACCAUGCCGACAAGAAGACAACUCACUCCUGCAGGUCCCAAGGAAGUCAUUACUCCCUCCUGCACCCCCCCUUUUCUGCCUCUUCAUCCUCCAUACCAGAAUGUUAGAACUGGCACUGCACAACAAAUCCGUUUCCUCUUUUCUUUGUCUUUUGUGCUCAUGCCAGGGGAUUGUGUACUUGUGUGCAACAUCUAAGUCCCCACAUUGUUCAUUAUAGGCCCUGAGGUACAAAGGUUUCCCUCUACCCAAAAUUACAGGAUUGUUGAAGUAUAGUUUUGUCUUUUUUCAAGGCACAAGGAGGCCAAAGUACGAACACCUGCAGAAGGGCAAUUAUUAAUCAGAGCUUUUGUUUACAGCUAAAAGCGUGCAAGUGUGCUGUGAUUUUUCCCUGUCUGAAAAUGGAGAGGAUACAGAAUCAAGCGUAUUACACAAUCGGCUGCAACCAAGCCACUGUGUGCAGAAAUCUGGCCUCGAGAUAAGCAUUACAAGGUGUGUAAUGUCAUUGCUUUUAUCAAGCGACGACCUGCAAUCACCGGCGUUUGUUGAUUUGACCUCACAACACCUCCAGAGGACGUUGACUGUAACAUAUUUGGCACCGGAAAACACCCCUCUCUACUCUCUACUGCUUUAAAAUGAUCAGGCACCGUGCCUGAUUUCGAGCACAGAGAAGUUUUAAAUUUGUAUAAUAUUUGAUUCAAUACAUUGUACACAUUUCCUCCAGGACAAAUUUUCAGGCUCACCAAUUUUUCUUGCUUUAAUCCUUGUACUCCUGCUCUCAGCACUAAUUAGAAGUGUGCUCGCCUGCGCUGACUUUUAUCAACACUUGAACACAUUUAUAAACCGGUUCUGACCUUGCCUCUGGUUUUAAUCAAGUGCAAGACUGACCCGACUUGCCUGAAACAAAAUAACAACCCCUUUUUUUUCUGUGAGUAAAUAAUUUUUAUCUCUAUCAAGCAGCUCUCUCCUGAAGUCUUUCUUUGUUGCAUAUUUUAUUGUGGGCUUUUAUUACUUAAGGCAGCAGCAGACAAGAGCUGGAACAUGUAUAUUAAAUAUGCUAACAACGUAGCAAACUGGAACGAAAAUAGCACAGGCACCUAAAGCUUGAAUGACUAAUAUCCAGCUUUCUGCAGCAUGUUAUGUUGAAAGAUCCACUGGUGCUUAAUGACAGUAAGCCUACAAUAGCCUUAUAAGAGGAAUAGUGAAUAGUGUGCUUAAUUUAACUGUAUAGAUGUUUAUCAUGUCAGAACUACAUUUGUGUGGGUUUAGUGCAGCGACAUCAGUGAAAUCUGAAAAUGGCUGUGUCAUUGUUCAGGCUCUCACUGCACUGUGCCUGGUGGAAGUGAGGCUGUCUUUGUUGCAGUUUAUAUAUAGAGAGAGAGAUUUUUUUUUUUUUUUUUUAUGUGCUUGAACUGGAAGUCUGGUUGAAUGACAUGUUGACUAUGUGGUGUACAGUGUGACAGAACAAUGUCUGACGUCUCUACAGUAUGUACAAGGGGAAAAAAAGCAAAUGUCUCUUGCUUAUGUUUCCUCUUUGUAACACUGCAAAAAAUAUUAUGUAUUUAUGGAUAUGUGUGUGUGUGUGUGUGUGUGUGUGUGUGUGUGAGUGAUGUGCUUUUCUCCAGAAAAAGUGACUCACUUAAGCCCAUUCUUUCUAACACAGUCACUGGCCUGCGAUUAGCCCUCCCACAUCUGCAGCUAAACUAAUAAACAUUCCCCCAAACUAUACUUGCCAUACUUGUGUGUGGCAUACUGUGGUAACACUACUGACAUGUUACACUUUGACCUUCCAAACUUUUACAGACCCUCUAAAAUAUGUCAGUGAAGCAACGAAAUUACUUAUUUUCACACAUACUUGCAUAAUGUGCCCCGAAUGGGAUGUGCUUUGACUCUGCUAAAAUUAUUACAUGUUGUAACUUCCUGGCCUGAGACCAAAUUUGGAAAAGGCUGAAAACAAACAAUUUUUUUCCUCUUUUGCUCUCUCUGUCAUUGACACUUAAACACAUUUGCCAACAUGCCUUAACAAGG